AUGGACCUGGUCGAUCUGGCUUUUGUUGUCGCCACUUGGAGAAGGGUCUUCGAAAUCACCAUCCUGUACUCACUCAUGCCGACUUCUAACGCGGGAAUAUCAUCGUCGGACCGCGAGAGAUGUGGGCAAUAUCUACAAGCUUUGCGAGGUACGAUCGAGUCAUCCCAGAGGAAAUCUAUGAUGUUGUAUUGGUCGACCGAGAAGAAGAUGGUUGGUAUCCAAGCUACUGGGAAUCCUGCUCAGCCUCCUGAGGAUCAAUUUUGA